CUUCAAGAACCUCAUCCUAAAAAGUUGUCACUCAUCAUCAGGCUCACUGAACUCCCGAGAGAAAUCAAUUCAGUCUCAUUUCACAUUUCACCGACAGAAUGGGAGAGCUUUCCGUUGAGUUGACUGCGCCUAACGGCCAGAAGUGGACCCAGCCAACCGGCCUCUUCAUCAACAACGAAUUCGUUCCCUCAUCCUCCGGACAGACCAUUCCUGCUAUUGAUCCAGCAACCGAAGAAGAAAUCGCACGAGUUCACGCAGCCACUGAAGAAGAUGUCGACAAAGCCGUCAAGGCCGCCGCUGCGGCACUGAAGAAUCCCUCAUGGAAAGAGCUGUCGGCCUCAGACAGAGGCAUUCUCAUGGCCCGUCUUGCGGACUUGAUGGAGUCGAAUAAGGAAUUGCUCGCAACCAUCGACGCUUGGGAUAACGGCAAGACAUAUCAAGAGGCAUUGACAAACGACAUGGUCGAGGCCGUCGGAGUUAUCCGCUACUACAGCGGCUGGUGCGACAAGAUCUUUGGCCAGACCAUCAGCCUGCCAAACAAGUUCGCCUACACCGUCCGCCAACCCGUUGGGGUUGUAGGUCAAAUCAUUCCAUGGAACUACCCAAUUUCAAUGGCAACAUGGAAGCUCGGACCUGCGCUAGCCUGCGGCAACACCGUUGUUCUCAAGGCCGCUGAACAGACACCCCUUAGCAUUCUCGUCUUUGGCCGUCUCAUCAAGGAGGCCGGCUUCCCACCAGGCGUCGUGAACUUCAUCAAUGGUCUGGGUAAAGAUGCCGGCGCAGCCCUCGUCUCCCACCAAUUGGUCGACAAGGUCGCGUUCACGGGAUCAACAGCGACUGCAACCAACAUUAUGAAGAUGGCUUCGGCCACACUAAAGAACAUUACCCUUGAGACGGGCGGCAAAUCCCCUUUGUUGGUCUUCAACGACGCGGAUCUCGAGCAGGCAGUUCGGUGGUCGCACAUGGGCAUCAUGUCCAACCAAGGGCAAAUCUGCACAGCCACGUCGCGGAUUUUGGUACAGCAGGACAUUUACGAUAACUUUGUUGCGAAAUUCAUUGACGAGGUCCACAAGACGAGUAAAGUCGGUAACCAGUGGGAUGCCGAGACUUACCAGGGCCCGCAAGUCUCGAAGCAACAAUACGACCGCAUCAUGUCCUACUUCCAAAUCGGUCGCGACGGGGGCGCUACAAUCAAGACGGGCGGCGAAAGGCCUGCACAUCUGGGCGAUAAGGGGUACUACGUCGCGCCGACUGUUUUCACGGAUGUGAAGAGCAACAUGAAGAUCUGGCGCGAGGAAAUCUUCGGCCCCGUCGUCGUGAUUCAAAAGUUUAGCGAUGAGGCCGAGGCGGUGGAGAUUGCCAAUGCCAGCGUCUAUGGCCUCGGCGCCGCAGUCUUCACGACGAACUUGGAAAAGGCGCAUCGCGUGGCUGCUGAAAUCGAGGCGGGCAUGGUUUGGGUGAAUAGCACACAGGACUGUGAUCCUAGGGUCCCUUUUGGCGGCGUGAAGCAGAGCGGUAUCGGGCGGGAGCUUGGUGAAGCUGGACUUGAGGCGUACAGCCAGAUCAAGGCGGUUCAUGUGAAUAUGGGCAACAAGCUCUAGAUAUUUGAAACAUCAUCACAUCCUAAUGCCUCGGAAGACAUUGCAACUAUCGUGGGGUUUGCAUGGAAGAUGACGCGAUUCAGAAGGGGAC